AUGGCUGCAAGAAAAGUAAAAGGAAGAGACAGUAAAGCGGUUACCGCUAUAGCUAUUGACAAAGACAAGAACAGCCAACAUGCUUUGAAGUGGGCUGUUGAGAAUAUCGUUAUUGAUUCUCCAAACUGUAUCCUUCUCCAUGUUCAAACCAAAUUGAGAAUUGGUACAGGAGAGAACACAGAUGACAACGAAGACGAGGCGCAUCAGUUCUUCCUUCCCUUCAGAGGAUUCUGCGCUCGAAAAGGGAUUAUAGCAAAGGAGGUUCUGCUUCAUGAUAUUGACAUAGCAAGUGCAAUUGUUGACUACAUCAAUAACAACUCCAUUGCAAAUAUAGUCCUUGGUGCCACUGCACGAAACUCCUUCCUCAAGAAGUUUAAGAGCGUUGAUGUGCCAGCGGCUCUGCUUAGAACAACUCCAGAUUCAUGUGCUGUCUUUGUUGUGUCUAAAGGAAAACUAUUAACAAGCAGAUCAGCGAGUAGGCCUCAGACACCUCACCACUCUCCCAACCAUUCAAAACCACCCAUGCACUCUGCUAUAUCCGAUCCUGGCCCGGCAAGCACCACUUCCAGUGAUCCCGGAAGGUCAUCUCCUGCAUUAAACGGAGAUUUUUCUGCACCUACGGCUCAUUACAAGCCAUCUCUUAUCAAGAGUUCUCCCUCAACGUUAAGCAAUGAACUCUAUCCCAGUGGUCACAGUGGUGAGUCAAAUGAGAGUUUCUACAGCAUCUUAGGAAGCUCACAGUAUUCCACAUCCAUGUCUGAGUUAGCUGAUGGAGAGGAAAACUUCUCUGGGGCCAGUUAUAUCACUGAACAGAAUCACAAUCUUGAAGAAGAGGUGAGAAGAUUGAGACUGGAGCUGCAACAGUAUAAUGUUUCCGUGGGCAAAGAAAGUGCCCCUCAUCUUCAAGGACCUAGCGCUGCCGCCGAAUCUAGAAAGAUGGAGGCAGCAAAAGAUAUGCGUAGGGCACUGGCUGAGAUGCAUAAGCAGAAAACACAGAGUGAGAUCCAAGCUGCUGAAAUGGCACACCGUCUUGAAGAAACGGAGAAGCAGAAGAGAAGGCUUGUGGAGAUGCAGGCCAAGUUCAAGGAACAAGAUAUGGCCAGUAACGUAGCUUACAGACGGUACAGCAUCAAAGAUGUCGAAGAUGCAACCGACGGAUUUUCAGAUGCUCAAAAGAUUGGGGAAGGAGGGUAUGGACCUGUGUAUAAAGCCGUUCUUGAAAACACUUCUGUUGCUAUCAAAAUCUUGAAGUCAGAUGUCUCACAAGGUCUGAAGCAGUUUCAACAAGAGAUUGAGGUUCUAAGUUGCAUGAGGCACCCUAACAUGGUGAUCCUCCUCGGUGCUUGUCCUGAGUAUGGAUGCCUUGUGUAUGAGUAUAUGGAAAACGGAACACUAGAGGAUCGUCUCUUCUGCAAAGACAAUACUCCACCACUAUCUUGGAGAGAACGGUUUAGAAUCGCUGCUGAGAUUGCCACAGGACUUCUCUUCCUUCACCAGGCCAAACCUGAGCCACUUGUACAUAGAGAUCUGAAGCCUGCAAACAUACUGCUAGACAGAUAUAUGAUUAGCAAAAUCAGUGACGUUGGCUUAGCUCGGUUGGUACCUAUCGCUGUUGCUGAUAGCUUCACCAAUUAUCACAUGACAGCUGCAGCCGGUACAUUUUGUUACAUUGACCCUGAGUACCAGCAAACGGGAAUGCUCGGUGUUAAGUCAGACUUGUACUCAUUUGGUGUGGUGCUUCUACAAAUCAUCACAGCUAUGCCAGCAAUGGGAUUAAGCCAUAGAGUAGAGAAAGCACUUGAGAAAAAGAGACUCAGAGAAGUUUUGGAUCCCAAAAUAUCAGACUGGCCUGAAGAAGAGACUCAGGUGCUAGCUCAAUUGGCCUUGCAGUGCUGUGAGCUGCGGAAAAGGGACAGACCUGAUCUUGCUACCGUUCUGUUGCCUGCACUGAGCAAGCUAAGGGAGAUUGCAACAGUGGAUCAUGACGAUAGAAUAUUUUCUGUACCACGUGCUCACAACUCGGUUCAUGACGUACAUGAUGAUGACUCCGAUAGAAUAUUUUCUGUGCCACGUGCUCACAACUCGGUUCAUGACGUACAUGAUGAUGACUCCGAUAGAAUACUUUCUUUGCCACGUGCUUACAACUCGGUUCCUCGUUCCCCACUAUCUCCCUCUCAGGUUGGUUGCUUAGAACCUGCAGUUACAGAUUUAUAA